UCCGGCCGGGGCCCCGCGCGGCGCCAUGGGGGCGGUGGUCGCCGGGCUCGUGGACUGUCAUUGCCACCUCGCCGCCCCGGACUUCGACUGCGAUCUGGCAGAUGUGCUUGAGAAAGCCAAGAAAGCCAAUGUCAGAGCUCUUGUGGUGGUCGCUGAGCAUUCGGGAGAAUUUGAGAAGAUUAUACAGCUCUCGGAAAGGUAUGAUGGGAUCAUCCUGCCGUGCUUGGGUGUUCACCCAGUUCAAGAACAUCCCACAGGAGAUCAAAGAAGUGUCACAUUGAAGGAUCUGGAUGGAGCUUUGCCCAUUAUCCAGAAUUAUAAGGACCGAUUGUUGGCAAUUGGAGAGGUUGGACUCGACUUCUCACCCAGAUUUGCUGCCAUGGAUGAGCAGAAGCAGGAGCAAAGAGAAGUCCUAACCAGACAGAUCCAACUAGCCAAGAGCCUGGAUUUGCCUUUAAAUGUUCACUCGCGCUCAGCUGGGAGACCCACCAUCAGCCUCCUCAAGGAGCAAGGCGCUGACAAGGUGCUGCUGCAUGCAUUCGACGGCCGGCCAGCCGCAGCCAUGGAAGGGGUCCAGGCCGGGUACUUCUUCUCCAUUCCUCCUUCUGUCGUGAGAAGUGGGCAGAAGCAGAAACUUGUCAAACAGUUGCCUUUAACGUCAAUGUGCUUAGAAACAGAUUCACCUGCACUAGGACCAGAAAAGCAGGUACGGAAUGAGCCCCAGAACAUCAUCAUUUCCGCAGAAUACAUCGCCCAGGUGAAGGGGGUCUCCGUGGAAGAAGUCAUAGAUGUGACCACCCAGAACGCAAUGAAGCUAUUUCCCAGGCUCCAGCACCUGCUGCAGAAACAGCUUUAGAACCACAUGCAUCCAGACCCAGUCCCCCAGGGGGCAGCACCUGAAAAAAAGGCUUGGAUAGUCUGGACUAAAGAAACCAGGUUACAGGGACACAGAUUAUGGCUUUCUAGAAAUAUUUCUCUUCGAAAUGAAACUGGGACCUCCCUGGCAGCAUAAGGGGUUAAGCACAGCACUGUGAAGCUGUCCGCAGCCUCUGCAGCACGAGUUCGAUCCCCAGCCAGCCAGGGAGCUACACACAUGGCGCAGCAGACCUCUCCUGUCUCCCCACUGCUCCCCUCAACAGUGGAUUUCAGUCAGUCCGCCUGUUCUGCUUCCUGCUCUGUCUCUGGUGAAUCCUCUCACCUCCUGCACCUCUGGCCUGUACCUCAGCUCUUGUAUGCAUAAAUAAAUCUUUAAACAAAAAAAAAUGAAACUGGGUGCAGGUCCUAAAACCCUGGGCUCUGAUCCUGGCUUUGUGCUGCUUUUCAGUGAAGGGUCCUAGUAGGAGCUUGGGAGAACACUGCUGCUUCUUACCUGGCCCCAUUCCAUGGAAACCCCUUGUGCUGAAACCCUUUUCUUGUGGCAGGGCUGCUCUCUCCGCCAAGAAUGAGCCCUACUGUGAUGGCCGGGGCUAGGCUGAAGUUGGAUAUUAUGAUACAGUUACAAAUGACUGGUCUCUUAAAUAGGUAUUUUUUUUUUUUUUUAAAGAUUUAUUUAUUUAGACAAGCACUGGGUACAGUCAGAAGCGCGGGAGGGUGAGAGAAUUCACCAGAGCCAGAGCAGGGAGCAGAGCAGGCAGAAGGACAGAAGUACACUGCUGAGGGGAGCAGCGGGCGGCAGGAGAGGUCUGCACACCAUUUGGGACCCUCCUCACGUGGCCCGGGAGCAGCCGGGGAUCGAACCGGCGCUGCAGUGGCUGCAGGCAGCUUCGCAACCCAGCGCUCAACCACUGUGCCACCGGGGAGGCCCUCUCAAAUAGGUAUUAACAAAUUUGCCUUUCCCCUAUUUCUUGCAAUUCCCCCCUAGUUUGACAGGUUUGUCUUUAUGACAGGUCUCUCAGAUGAGCAUUAACAAGUCCUGCAUUCCAAGGAAAAGGGAGUUAAACAUUAGCUGUUGAAGAAAGCAAGCUGGCGCCCACCUGUGUCUGUGCCAACCCCUUCCCCCUCCCUUUUGCGGACCCUAGCCCAUUGCCCCCAUUUUUUGCCUUUGUAUAAAAACUCCUGCACUCUGUCAAAGAGCAGGACAGUUAUCUUUCAGAUAUGAGUCUGCUGCCCUCCUUGUUUGUCUACAAAUUAAACCACUUUCCUUUUCCUCAGGUUGUUUCCUUUUAUUGGCUGAGGGAAACUGAGGCUGGCGUUCGAUAUCACCUUCACCUCCAGUUUCACUUCCUGUAGGAUUUAUCCAGUGAGAUUUCAGAGAGGACCAGAGUUCAAAAUCGUGAUUGUUUUGUGACUUGGAGUUUUGGAUUUUUGCCAGAGGCUAGUGUAAGAGGACAACAAAGAGGAAACAACUGAGAGGGUAAGGAAAGGGAGACUUCCAGAAGGAAGUGGCAUUUAAACUACAGUUUGCCAGGUGCAGGGGGCAACAGAGCAGGGCAGAGGACCACAAAUCCAUCCAUAAAACACAGGUGCAGGAGGAAGACAGGAGGGGUUGUGGAAAGUGAAACUAGGAAGGUGUUAAAUCAUCCUGCAAGGUCAACCUCAAAAAGAGCAGCCAGCCAUUUCACUUUGGAAACAACAGAAAGGCAGCUUGGAAAGUGUGGUCCUGUGGGCCUCCCUGGUGGCCUAGGGGUUAGUUUCAGCGCUGCAGCCUGAGUUCAAUCCCUAUCCCUGCCAGAAAGCUGACCCACAGGGUGCCCCAGACCUCUUUUGUCUCCCCACUGCUCCCCUUAGUUCAGUACAUCUGCCUGUUCUUUUUCCCACUCUGUCUCUGGUGAAUCCUCUCAGCCCCCCACACGUCUGGCCUUUACCCCAGCUCUUGUAUGCAUAAAUAAGUAAAUCUUUAAACAAAAAGAAUGUUUGGUCUUGUCACAAGACACGUGGUCAAAACCCUGCACCCCCAAAUGCCUUAGGAGGGGCCGCCCCUUUGCCGGGUAGACAAGCAACACCACAUUGGCUGGGGCUGGGGCUGUGAUUGCUGAUGGCAUUAGGACCCUCUCGUCCAGCCCCACCUCAUCCACACAGGGUUCCCAUCAAGAUUUCACAAUCCCUAGCCCA